AUGACACACAAGAUCUUACAGAAGCAUAAAUGGUAUGCAGGGAAACAAAAUAAGUUAGGUGGAAUAUAUCUUGUUUGUCUCUUUUUGUUUUCAAGGUUUGGCUUGAGCAACAAGUUUGACACAGAAUUUCCUUCUAUUCUGACAGGGAAGGUUGCCCCAGAAGAAUUCAAGACCAGCAUCAGUCGUGUGAACUCAUGUUUGAGAAAGAACCUUCCUGUUAAUGUAAAAUGGCUACUGUGUGGCUGUUUGUGCUGCUGCUGCACACUGGGCUGUAGCCUGUGGCCUGUAGUCUGUCUUAAUAAAAGAACUAGAAGAUCAAUUCAGAAGUUAUUAGAAUGGGAAAAUAACAGACUAUAUCAUAAGCUUGGUUUGCACUGGAAGCUGAGUAAAAGGAAAUGCGAAACUAGCAAUAUGAUGGAAUAUGUAAUAUUAAUAGAGUUCUUACCAAAAUAUCCCAUAUUUCGACCUGACUGAGGAACAGCAUUUGGUCUUUCAUGUUACCUGUCAUUUUCUACCCUUAGUGCCUUGUAGAUGAUUUUGGAAAGAAGAUGGUCUACUUUGCUGUGAUUUAAAAUGUUCUUCAGUAGAAUAUCUUCCUUGCUAUGUUACUUUCUUUUGUUUAAGAAGAGAACAAUUUGCACAUUUUGUUAUGUUAAAUGAAGCUUCUGUGUUGCACUCUGAAUUUUUAACAUUAACAACUGAUGUAGUUGCCACUAGGGAUCUAACAUCAGUGCUGCUUAAACUUGUUCUGAGCAUGCUGCCUUAUUAAUUUCUAUAUUUGCUGUCCUUAAACAUACAUCCUAAUACCGUUUCAUACUGUAUUUCAUUCUAAAUGUCGCACUCCUGUAAAUCCUCAGUAGAAACGUCCAGGUAAGCUUCUAAUAGUAAUGAUUUUAAUAUAACUUGCUUGCAUAGGACUUGCAAUUGACAGCACUGGUUUUGUCCUGCACUUUGCAAAAUCAUCAUUUACAUUAGGGGGGUAAUUAUUUCGACCACUAUGGAUUUGUAAAUAUUGACUCUUUGCAUAAUGUAAAGUGUGGUAUGCCAAGGUUUACAGAAUGUAAUAUAGCUCUUGUUAUUCCAUUGCCAACAAUUCGACAUAGUUUUAUUCAUUACAUUUGUUAGCAUCCCUCUGAUUGUAUAGACCCAUUCACAUGCUGUUUUUAUGGUAAAGCCAUAAUGAGUUUGUACAUACAAUCAGAUGUGUAGGGCUCAGUUGCACUUUUUUUAGUAAAUGGAUGAAAACUGAAUAGCAUUUCUGGUUUUGUUAUGUUUUUUUUUUCUUUUAAUUUCAGGUGUCAUUUAUACUACCUGAAAUAUGAACCUUAAAUACUGUUCAUCUUUGAAAAAGUCACAUUUGUUAUGUAGACAGCAGCUGUUACUAUCAAAAUAUCCCAAAACCUCUUUUUAAACUAUGCUUAUAUGGAUGUCUCUAUGGAUUUUUUUUUUUAAAGUAAGGAAAAAAGUGUUUCAGAAUUGGAUACUUCUGUUAUUAAGGGAGGGGAA